AUGUUGACCCAUCUCCCAACCAUGCUCUUCCUUCUCGCCGCCGCCAUAGCGACACCUGCGUUCGCAGGCAUCCAGCAAUCAGACUUCAGCGGCAUCGGCCACAUUUACGUGCUCAAAUCAGAUAACUGGCAGACGGCAACACCGAAGGCAACCGUCGGCUGCCUCGACACCAACGGCAAGUUUAUAUCAGACAAGAGCCCCUUCAACAAAUGCGGCGUCUUCUCCCGCCUAGAAGACUUCCCCUACACGCUCAGCACGUCAAAGGGAAACUGCACCUUCGAAGACGACAAGCAAGAAAAGAAUACGGAUAGUUACUACGGAAAGACGGAUUCAGCAUGGAGUUGCGGUGAGCGUGUCGCAGACAUCUAUGAUCAACUGUACACAAUCAACGGCUUCUCAUACGUCUUCCUCUGCUUCGGCGACGUAGCGUGUUUCUACGACGCAAAGCACACGCCUAAUCCCCAUGAGAUUCUCCCGCUGUGGCAGUAUCGCUGGGGCUCCCAGCAGAUGGGUAUCACGCCUGGACAUAUCCAGCUGCAGCUCAUGUGGAAGAAGAUUGGUGAGUUACCGGGACAGUCCGAGGUAAGCGAGUUCUUGGGGCCGAGGGUGCAGGUUAAGGAGGGGUCACAGAUGCCGUUGAUGGGGAAGAAGGCGAGGGUUUGA